AUGUGGGAAGAGAUGAUUAGAGGGAGCUCAAUACCUUACGCAGAGAGAGUUUACUGUCCGAACGAAAACUGCUCUUACGUAAUGUCCAAAACCGAGCUCUCACGUUCUAAAUCUCCUCGUGGUGACCCAUCUGGACUUAAGAGAUGCGUCAAGUGCCGUGGCUCCUUCUGCGUCAGCUGCAACGUUCCGUGGCACUAUAUGCGAUCUUGCAAAGACUACAUAAAUUCGUGUCCUAACAAUGACGCGAGGCUAAAAUCUUUGGCGAAUCUUUGUGGUUGGCGUCAAUGUCCCAACUGCCAUCACAUGGUUGAACGUUCUUCCGGAUGCAACCGCAUCACUUGCAGGUGUGGAAAUGCGUUUUGCUACAAGUGUGGUUCCGGAUGGAACAACCAUUUGUUAGACUGCUAUGCUCGGUACGAUGACGUUGCUAUUAUGGGAUUUCUUCUUCUUCUGCUUAUUUUGGUUGUUCUUGCACCAUUUCUCCUAGCUAAAUGA